AUGUCUCUCCACAAAGUUUCGGACACUUCGCUGACCUCCCCAUCAACAUCUGAGUCCAAACAGGCAAAACUCUAUGUAGUUAAGGAGCCAAAAGGGCUUCCCGAGCUAAAGGAGAAAAAAUCCAUGGGGAACCACCUCAAACCCCUUCCUACUCCCCUUCAGAAUGACUUCAGAAUCCCCGAGGAAGUUCUUCUCUCUCUGAACUAUGCAGCUAAUGCCGGUCCCUGUCCUGAAAGUUUACUGCCUGUGAAGAAGCAUAAAGCCCCAAAGUGUGCCCUUCCACGUCUUGUAGAUCAUGUCUGGCAGCACCCUAUUCGAAGGGAUAAAUUCAAAUACCUGAUUGAUCAUCCUGUCUCCCUCACAGGAACUGGAAGGGAUAUUUCUUUCCUGUAUGAUGUUAAAUACGUGAAAGGAGAGGCUGUGGAGAAAAAACUUUGUCCCCCAAGCAAGUCAACACAGCCACAGAACAGUGCCAUGGUGCCUCACAAGGAGAAGACAUUAGCAGACACUUUGGUUCCUGAGGAAUUUCAUAUUGUGUCAAAUACAGGAGUUUCGGGUUUGGAGUGUUAUGACGACAAAUACACCACCCUCCUCACAGACAGUGAGAACAGGCUGUUGCUCUUCCCAUCCAUGAAACCUAAUAAAAGAAUAGAAGUGGUCCAGCUGAGCAACGUGAUGGACACCAUGCUGGAGAGGGCUGGAGUAGAAAAUGAGAAUUAUGUAGGGCCAACCAAGAUGCACCAGCUGCUCGGUGUGCUGAAGAGGGAACAGAGCAUCUACAACACAGUGUUUCACGAGCUGAUUCGACAGGUCAGCGUGGACUGUGCAGACAGAGGAGAGCUGCUGUCCAAAAUCAGAGAGAAGUAUGUGCAAAUGCUUGACCACAUCGCCCGGCAGAUGAUUGAAUUUUACAAAGACCUGGUGACUCAGCGGAUGAUGGACCAGCGCAUCUUACAAGAACUGUAUAACUUCAAGAACGUGAUUGAAGAACUGACCAGGGAACUUUGUUUGGUUCAGGCCCAUGACAGGAAAUUAACAAAGGAAGCAGAGAAAGUCCAGAAGGACCUGGCAGAAGCUCUUUUGGAAGCAGAAAAGAAUGCCAAAAUAGUAGAAGACUACCAUGACUUAUAUACGAUGCAGAGAGGAAGGAUGGAGAGUGAUAUUAAACUCUUAAUGACUGAAAGAGACAUUUGGAGUUCAGCCACAUAUGAACUAGCCCUAAAGGUAAUUGAAAGAAAUAGAGUCAUACUGGCUAAAAAACUCUACCUUAAUGAGAAAAGCUGGAAUAAAUAUGCUAAGCAUUUCAUUAUAAUGCUGUCAACUAAGGACACUGGAGACCUUGGAAUGGUGGAGAAGUUGACAGAAAAAUGGAAAAAGUUAGUGGACAGGUUUAAGCAGGAUGUGGAACGCACAGAGGAAUCCACAAAAGAAAAAUCGGAAAUUGUGAAGGCUGGGGUCAUCAAGUGGCAGGAAUUCUUCAAUAACAACCUUGGAAAAGAUAUUAUAAUCUCUAAUAAGAAAAGCCCAUUCGUCGUAGCCCUUAAUGACUUCAAGGAGUAUGAAAAGAUGCUGGAGGAGGAAAAAGAUAAAUUUACAGGGGAUUUUCUUUUGUCCAGAUAUGACUCUCUCAAAGUGAUUAAACGCUUACAGGAAAACUGGACAGACAUUGGGUUUGGGAUACUUAGUCGCCAUAAGAGUAUGGAUGGGUUGUUGCCACCAGAGCACGAGUACAUGGAAGAUAUCGUAAAAAGCAUAAACAAAUUCUACAGAGAAUAUGAAAUAAGAAUAAAUGGUGACAAUGGUAUCUCUAAAGUCCUUCCAAACUUGGUCAUUUCUUUGGACAUGUGUGUUUUCAAGUUAGAAAACUUCCUCGAGUAUUCUCAAGUACCCACUGAAGAGUGGCUUGAAAUUGAUGAAAAGAUUAAUGAAAUGAAGUUUCAGCUGGAAGCACUGUUGAACAUUAUUGAUUCGGUUCCAGAGGGCACGGACAUGGAUUCUGGCUCGGCACUCCUAGCACACAUAUAUGAAAUGAUUCAACAAUGGCUUUUGAAGUUAGGCAACGAAAUCACCAAUGGUCAAAUUGAACUUCUUCGCCACAUGGAUGAGUUGCAUAUAGCUAUGAUCCAGUGGAUGGUAAAUUUGCUGACCAUAAUGCUUCCUGAUUUUACUGACCAAGUCACUCUCCCAAAGAUGGAGGAGAACAACUUAGAGAUCCCCGAGGAGCGUGAACUAAGCGUUGCAGAAUUAGAGAUAAAUGCAAUUGCACUGGUCAGGCGGUUGGCACGAUACUCCAGCUACUUGCACAGUUGCUGUAUAGGCAUGGUAAGAGCAAUGGCCCUGAGUAGAGCUGCUCACUUACAGAAGAAUCCUGCUAAGGACCGUCAGGAACUGGAAAAGAUGAAUAGAGAAUGUUAUGAUUGGAUCAGCACAUGUUCACACCUCAUUUCUGAUAUCAAAGGCAGGAAAAUACGAUUACUGUCAUAUGAGGAAGCAGAAAAGCUGCUCGGGGAAGAGGAAGCUUCAAAACUUUAUUUUGACCCAGAAAAACCUCCUAUUGGUGAUGAUACCGAUGAUGAAAUUGACUUUAAGAAGCCUGAGGUUCAAAAAAAGGAAGUACCACCAUCACCACCAGCAGCAGCAGAAGCAACAGGAGCAACAGGAGCAACAGGAGCAACAGGAGCAACAGGAGCAACAGGAGCAGCAGAAGCAGCAACAGCAGAAGCAACAGGAGCAGCGAAAGCAAAAGUCACAACAGAACAGGAACCUUCGACAUCUACAAACGAGAAAACCAUUCGAUACAUUAAGAAAGACGAAAAUAUUCAUUGCAAACCUCUCUUCGAAGAAGGCAUAUUUUUCUCCUGGAGAGAACCACCUGGUCAAGGUUUAAUGGAGCCAAAGUAUCUUGAAAUAAUGAAUGUAAUUGAACAUAUGCAGAAGAAGCUAACAGAGAUGGACACCAGGGCCAAGAAGGCAGAGGAGAGGUUUGAUGAGGUUAAUGAGCAGCUUCAUCACACCAUCAUGAAAAACAGAAAUCUGGAGAAGGAACUUGAAGAAUUGGUGAAGACAACCAUAAAGGAGUCACAAGUAAAGACAGAAGAUGCCAAAGAGAACCACGAGGACCAUGGGGGAAAGAAUGAUGAUGAAGAUGAACACCAACAAACAGAAAUGUCCCCCAAAUCUGCCAAGAAAUAAGCACAGCCCGAGGACAGUUCUGAAGCAUCUGGAAGCCAGAAUAAAUUUAAGCCCAAACCCAAGUAGC